AUGAACCCCGCCCGACGCGCCCAGGCGCGCAGGCCCCCGCCCACCCGCGAGGCGCCAGCCACAGCGACGGCCACGGCGGGCGUCUGCCGCGGCGCGCUUCUGGUUAUCGGCACCUACCACUCGGUGAUGGCCGGCCUUGUGUACCGCCGCGGCAAGUUUGGGAUGCUCUUCUCCGUGAAGCACCACGAGGGCUGCGUCAGCAGCGUGGCGGUGGGCGACAAGUACAUGGCCUCCGCCGGCACCGACGAGCGGGUCUUCCUCUUCACAAACAAGCACCAGAGGAGCCUAAGCGCCACGGAGCGGCAGCGGCUGCGGGCUGCGGGGGAGUCGGCGGGGGUGCGGCUCGCAGACCUCGGCCACGUGUCGCCGCCGAGCGAGGUGCGCUGCCUUCUCUUCAUCGCCGACUCGCAGCACCUGCUCUGCGGCUGCGCGGACGGGCAACUCGUCAUGUACCGCACCCGCGACUGGACCGUCGGCCGCUCGCUCCCACUGCACGAGAAGAGCGUCACGGGCAUUGCGGCGCACCCGGGCAGUGACGGGGCGUUGGCGGUCACGAUCGGCGCCGACCGGCACGUGGCGGUGGUUGACCUUGCGAAGGGCCGGCUGCUGAGCAAGUGGCGCUACAACACCGCCCUCGCGGAGGCCCCGUCGGCGCGGCCGCGGGGGGCGGCGGGGGAGGCGGACGGCAGCGAGGGCCAGCCGUGCGCGAAGCGGGCCAAGUUGGAGCGGCGCGAUUGCCCUCACACGGUGAAGUUCUCGCCGAGCGGAAGGUACUUCACGAUCCUUUCGAGCCACGCCUUCGCCGUGCACGAGACGGCAACGAUGGGCCUCGUGGCCCGCUACCGGGCGGCGUCGCCGCAGCCGUGCGAGGAACUUCACGUCUUUGCGUUUGUGGACGACGACACGAUGAUCUUCGGGAACGAGUCGGGGGCGAUGUUGGCCUGCCGUGGGCCGUGGGGCUCGGAGGACGCACGGCCGCGGGAGUGCUCUCUAAGCCCCGUUGCCGCACGCCUUCCGGCGGCGCCUGAGCAGCCGGUAGGGGACACGAAGAAGCCCCAGCGCCACCCGACGCACCAUGCGACACGUUUGAAGGCCCUCUACUACGCGGAGCGCACGGUGUUCUCCAUGGACGCCGCAGGCACCGUCAUCGCAUGGCUUGUAGGGGACCUGCACGACGCCGCGCUGACGCUGACGUACGUCUGCAGUGCAAAUUGUCAGGGACGCGUCACGACGAUGGACGUGCUGCUACUGUAA